AUGGGCCUCAACUACAUGAGUUUGCUCACUCCAAGCAAAGCUCCCUUCUACGGCAUCGUCCUAGGAAACUCCUCUACACCAAUUGGCUCCGUUACCCACCCUGUCACUUUCGGUACAGAGCAAAACUUCCGGAUGGAGCAUAUCAAAUUCGAAGUAGCCGACUUCGAAUUGUCAUACCAUGCCAUCUUGGGAAGACCAGCGCUAUCCAAGUUCAUGGACGUGCCUCAUUAUGUCUACCUACUCCUCAAGAUGCCAGGCAACACAGGCGUCCUCCCCUUACGCGGGGACCUCCUUAAAUCCUUUGAAUGCGACAAGGAGGAAAUUGCCCAUGCCUCCAGCAUUCGAGUACCAAGCUCUGUAAGCGAGAUACUCACAGCUGCUAAGGAGUUAUCCCUCAACAAGGACUCGAUGCCCUCGAAGAGGCCAAUCUAG